AUGCAUUGUAACCCCCAGUUGCUAGUGGCACGUGUUUUGGAGCCUUCACAUAAGUGUUCGAUAUGCACUGGGCGGCCAAAGGAUGGUACAGCGGGAAAUAUUUCUUGGGGAAAAAGGGGUUUUCGAGAUGUGGGAAACAAGAUGAUUAGUGGGUAUGCUUGGAAGAUCGGGAAUGGAAAAAAGGUAAGGAUUGCGAACAUGAGGUGGGUGCAGGGCUGUGUUCCUGAAAUGAGAUCAGACUUGUUACUUCGGGAUGUUGGUUCUGGAAUGGUGAAGGACCUCAUUUUAUCUGACCCAAGACAAUGGAAUGCUGCUAUGGUACGGGAGAGAUUUGUUUGGGAGACGACCAAAAAAAUCCUGGAAAUGGAAUUACCGAAUGUUGAUGAAGAUGAUUUCCUAUUCUGGAAUUCACACUCAUCGGGCAACUACACCGUAAAGUCUGGGUAUGCCUUUUUAAUGCACUCCUUUUUUAUGAAACAGGACCAUGGUCAGGACGAUGUGUUCUUCAAACUAAUUUGGGGGUUAAAUAUUCCGCCAAAAUGGAGCUUAUUCUUAUGGAAACUAGUCAUGAAUGGCCUGGCUUUCAAGUCAAACUUAAGGUAUCGAGGGGUGGAUAUCGAUGGAGAUUGUGACUCUUGUGGUAUGGAGGAGGAGGAUUUACAACAUCUUUUCCGAUUGUGUUCUUUUGCGAGGUAUGCUUGGCAGAACUAUGACUUGCAUAUUAUCUCUGAAAUUGAUGAAUCUACUCCUUUGCGACACUGGAUUCAGCAACAUAUUCUGCUCUAUCAUAGCGAGGAUGGGAGACAAAGCGUCAGGCUCCAUGUUUUCAUAGGAGUUUUGUGGAGUCUCUGGUUAACUAGGAAUGGGAGAGUUUUUAGAAAUGAAAGGGGCUAUUUAGCGGAUUACUAUAGGCAUUAUGGUCAAACGAUGAGUAGCUUGGAGAUUUUCCUUAAACCAAGAGAAAGGUAUAGGGAUUCCACUCGUAUAACCGGAAGAACGGAGGAUCUCCCACCCGUGUUCAACAGAUUCAACAUUGGCAGCCGAAGGGAACUACCACAUCAUCCUCUACAGGGGAAUACAGAGGUUAUAAUUAUGGUGGAUGGGUCUUGGAAGAAGAGUACAGGGGCUGCGGGUUUUGGAUGGGCUUACUCUUCGGAUGGGGUAAACUUUUUGGAGGGAGGAGGUGAUUAUGGUACAGCUAUCUCAGCUUUACAUACUGAGCUCUUGGCUUGCAUAGGGGUUGUCAAGUGGGCAAGCCGAAAGGGCUACCAAUACAUUACGAUUUUCACUGAUUCUAUGGCAAUCAUUCAGCUUCUGCGUAAUCCUACCAGCCGGGAGGUGAGACUACUAUGGACUAUUGAAGAUUUAUUGAAGGAAGGAGGAUCCUUGGACAUGUGCACUAUUUGGAAAGUUAGUAGAGAUCAACUAACACAGGCACAUGAUAUUGCGGUUGGGUGUAGAUCGAUGAUUAUCAUGUAA